AUGGAGCCAACAGAAUAUAUCGAGAGUGAAAAUACUUCAGAUAGUAAGGUGUUUACCCUCUAUGAAAGCCAUGAUUAUAUCUGUAUUGCCAAUGGAAUUGACUCUAAUAAAGAAAUUGAAAAACAGGAAGGAGAGCCUUUGCAGUGAAUCCAGAUUGACCGGAAUACACAUGAACUAUCUGAAGUUACUGAUCCCUUAAGGGCUCAGAAUUUUCUUGAGGAACUAAGAAUUGGGACUGCUAAGCAAAUCAAAAUUAAUGGCAUUAUUGGAUUUGUCUAUAUUUACAAGUUCCUUUACUUCUGAGUAAUCACUAAAAGCAGAAAUGUGGGGUGUAUAAUACCUGGCAGGGAUAUCUACUUCAUUGAAAAGGUCAAAUUCUUUCCUGUGCUACCAAAAAACAAGAAGGAGUCGAAGGAAGCACAUAAUUGCAUGAAGUGCAUGAAGAAGUAUUUCAUGAGCGGCUUCUACUACUCCCACAACUACAAUCUACUGGUCAGCAGGGAGCGGUUCCAGAAAUUGGAGGAGAGUGAGAAGGCCAUGGACUGGAGCAAAUUUGAUAAUGACUACUACUGGAAUUUUCACAUGAAUGAGACAAAACAGAUACCUCUUAAAUGGAGGACUAUUGUAGUUCAAGGCUACUUCUUUCAACAGUAUUUGAGCCUUGAAGGGAAAGGAACCAUCAAACUAGGCUGAUUAUCUCGGAGAAAGUGUAAACGCGGUGGCACUAGACUCAAUGCCCGUGGCAUCGAUGAUUCUGGAUAUGUAGGAAAUUUUGUCGAAACUGAGAGCUUUAUUAUAAUCGACGGCGAAUUAAAAAUUUUCACACAGAUCCGAGGAUCAAUACCGUUAUUUUGGAAACAAGAAGGACUCAAAGGAGCUGUAAAAUUUAAGCGAGACCCAUCUAAUUCCUUAAAAGCAAUGAAAAAGCAUUUCUAUCAGCUACAGGAGGAGUAUGGGCCUGUGCUAAUGGUCAACUUACUCAAAGAAACUUCUGCAAGGGAAGACCUUCUCUCUACAAAUAUCAAAAAGUUGCUUCAUGAACAUAUUGAAGAUAUUGGUGACAUUUCAUACUAUCAUUUUGAUUUCCAUUCUAAUGGGAUCAAGAAUCUGUUCAAGAUACUUGAAGGAACAAAGGAGUUUAUCAACAGCAAUAAGUAUUAUUCAGAAGAAAUAGACUCCGGUAGUGUCACAAGAAACCAGAAUGGAGUUGUUAGAACAAACUGAAUGGAUUGACUAGAUCGAACAAAUUUCUCCCAAACAAAACUUUAUCUAUUUGCCCUACAGAAACAACUUCUUGACUCUGGAGUUGACCUUGCUGGUCUAUAUGGACCAGCAGAUUACGAAGAUGAUGGACUUCCUUUUGGUCAAAACAUUCGAGAAAACCCUCUUGUAAGAAGUAUCAACAGUUUUUGGGCUGAUAAUGGAGAUUUCAUCAGUUUGCAAUACACUGGGACCAACUCCACAAUCACAAGGGUCAUGAAAGAAGGCAAGAAAGGAUUUAUCUCAGCUCUGAAUCAUAAAUAUCAAGAUGUUAACAGAUUUAUCAACAACAACUUUACAGAUGAUUUCAAAGAGAAAUGCAUCAAAAUGAUCUUAGGUUUAUGCAAAUACUCUGGUCCAAAUGGCUCAACCAAAGGCACGAUUGACAAAGAGAGGCUCCGGAACUUCUCAUUAUCCGCCCUCACAUGGAAUGUGGGAAAUAGUGACCCUAAGAAGUAUAGUACGAUUUAUGACCAAUUUCCGACAUUUUCUGAGAGUGAUAUAGUCGUGGUGAGCCUCCAAGAAAUCAUAAAAUUGAGCACCAUGAAUGUAUUGAGGAAAUAAGAACGGAGAAGCCAUUGUUAACUGGAUCUCAGUUUUCUCCACAAUUCUUGGUGAACACUUUAUUCUGAUAUCUCAGAAAGCUCUCGUUGGUGUCCUUGUACUGGUUUUCCUAAAGAAAGAACACAGUUCUCACCUCUGAGAUGUCUAUGUUACUGAACAAAAGCUUGGAUUUAAAAAUAGUUUUGGCAACAAAGGAGCUGUUGCGAUCAGAAUUGGCAUUAACAACACAAAAUUUUGAUUCAUAGGCUGACACCUUGAAAGUGAAGCCACCAAUCUGAAGAAACGAGUCAAGCACGUUAACCAGCUUCAUAAAGAAAAAGGGUUCAUGAAGGAUUUAUUCGAUAAAAGAGAAAUUUCAGAAUUUAGUCAUAAAAAGAAAAAGUUCUCUCCAUUUGAUAUCUUCGAUUAUGUCUUCUUGACAGGGGAUCUCAAUUUUAGGAUUCUUAACAGUGAAGGUAUCAUUGUAAAAUAUAUUGAGGAAAACCGUCUGGAAGAACUCCAAGCUUUCGAUGAGCUGGCAAGCCUGAGGACUCAUCAUGAUUAUUUGAAAUAAAUAUGAUGAAGGAGAGAUUAAGUUCAAACCAACCUACAAAUAUCAGGUAAGCAGUGACCCACCUGCUUACGAUAUCAAGAAGGAUAGUCUUCCGUCAUAUUGUGACAGGGUGCUCUACAAGUCAAACCCUGAUAUUUCUUGAAAGAGGUAUGAUUCAAUCAACUGUACAGUUUCUGAUCAUCUACCGGUGGUUGCUGAUUUUGUCCUCCAUGUCGAUGGCAUCGACUUGGUUGAGGACAAUAGUUAUAUCCUCGAACAAACCCAGACUAUUGAAGAGACCAAAGUGAGCCUAAGCCGAGAAGACUCUGAAGAUGAGGACAACCAGCUUGAUUUUCUAGAAAUAGAAGCUAAUUAUUGCAGACUUUCCAAGACAGUCAGACCAAGAGGCCCAGGCCAAGGAAACGAUAGAGUUAUUAGCUGAAAUUUAGAUGGACAAUGGGGUGGUACUCUAGAUAUCAUCAAUGAGGAGCAUGGAGAAGGAUCAAAGUAUACCUCUAGAGGGUCACUAACUCUUUCAUGGCUUCUUACUAAGCAGAUUAACAAGAAUCCUUCUGAAGUUCAAACACAAUUAGAAGAAGAGAAGAAAGAUGGCAAUUCCAGUCUUUCAUCUUCUUCUGAAGAUGUUGGUGAGCAGCAAUCUGAUGGAAAAUCUUUGAGUGAAUCAUGGUUUGAACCAAUCCCAUCUCCCAGUGUAGUUGCACCUACUCAAAUAAAACUGAAAUAUGAACAGAAGUAGAUAAUAAUCAAAGAAGUAAUAGCAAUUAAUAUUUGAAUAUUGUUUUAAUUCUCACUUCUUGGUAUUAUCGACAAGAAGAAACCAUCUAAAGGUCAAAAAUAAUUUUCAAUAAUUACGU